CGUAUGGGACGUUUGACUACAAAACACACAAACAAGGCAGAGAAGGAGGAGAACAAAGUGUUUUCUCUUCAGCUGCUGUUUAUGAAGAUAAAAACCAGAUUCAGGAAUUCUGCGAUCAGCAUGAAGAUGCCUCAUUCUUCUUUUCUCACCUUUAUGUUGCUCUUAGUCCAACUAUCAAUUGCAUCAGGGGGCAAAAUUCUGGUGUUCCCAUUGGACGGAAGCCACUGGGUAAACAUGAAAGUGAUCAUAGAGGAACUGCAUGCCAGGGGCCACGAGAUCACAGUGCUUCGGCCCUCUGACAGCUGGUACGUCAAGGAAAAGUCCCCCCUCUACACCUCUGUCACUCUUUCCUGCCGUGGAGGAUUUGAGGAAAACUUCGACGUGUACUUAUCUCGACAGCUGGAGAUUCGGCUUCAGAUAAAACCCGGAUCAUUUUGGUCCAACAUCUGGGCUCACAUGCAAAUGGAGUGGGUGCUACUAGACCAGUUCUCCCAGUUUCAUAAGAAAGUGGGGGAUGUAAUUACACACAUGUUUGAGAAUGAGGAUCUGAUGCAGUCCUUGGAAGCUGCCAAAUAUGAUUUGGUCCUGACAGACCCUGGCAUCGGUGUAGGUGCAAUGUUGGCGCGCAAACUCCAACUUCCUCUGGUGUUUAAUGUCCGUUGGACCAUCCAGGGUGAAGCCCACUUCCUCAUUGCUCCUUCACCUCUCUCAUACAUUCCCUUUACUGCAACCGAGCUCACAGAUAAAAUGACUUUCCCUCAGAGAUUAAAGAACGUCUUGAGUUACUUUGUAGGGAUGUUCACUUUAUCGUACAUCACAGAACCUGCCUACAAACCAAUCGUCAAACGCUUCUUUGGCCCUAAUGUGGAUUACUCAACCUUUUUUCUUGAUGCUGAUAUCUGGCUCAUGAGAAAUGACUUUGUGUUUGAAUUCCCGCGUCCAACAGUGCCCAAUGUCGUCUACAUGGGAGGGUUUCAGUGUAAGCCUUCUAAGUCCCUCCCUGCUGAUCUGGAGGAGUUUGUCCAAAGCUCUGGAGAUCACGGGAUUGUUGUAAUGACUCUAGGAACUCUGGUGAGCAACCUGCCGCAGGAUGUCUCUGAAGAGAUAGCUGCAGCAUUUGCCCAGCUGCCUCAGAAGGUUAUUUGGAGGUAUGUAGGACAAAAACCAAACAACCUUGGCAACAACACAUUGCUAGUGAAGUGGCUGCCUCAAAACAACCUCUUAGGUCAUCCUAAAACUCGAGUAUUCAUCACCCAUGGAGGCACCAACGGUGUCCAGGAGGCAAUUUACCACGGUGUUCCGGUGAUUGGACUUCCUUUAUUCUUCGAUCAGCCUGAUAAUCUAUCCAGGGUCAAGGCGAAGGGAGCAGCUGUCAUCGUAGACAUUGCCAUGCUCGACAGGCAUAUCUUCAAAGACGCUCUGAUGACAGUAAUUUACAACUCCACCUAUGGAGAUAACAUGCGGACGCUCUCAAAGCUGCACAGAGAUCAGCCGGUGAAACCUUUGGAUCAGGCUGUGUUUUGGAUCGAGUAUGUCAUAAGACACAAAGGAGCCCGUCAUCUGCUGACACAUGCCCAUAAAAUGUCCUGGUUUGUUUACAACUCUGUUGAUGUCUUUACUGCUUUGUUAGCAGCUGUUCUGCUUGCAACAAUCAUCUUGAUUGUAGUUGUUAGGUUUAUGUGGAGGAAGAUUUUCACUGGGAGAAAAAUUAAACAACAGUAAUAUAAAAAUAAAAACCAUU